UUGCAUGUGAUGUAGUUCAGUGCUGGCAUCUGUCCAAGGAGGAGGUGUUAAAAAAUUAAAUAAAUAAAUAACAGGGAAGAAAAGGAACGUUCAAACUUUUACUGGCUCUCUCUGUGAUUGCGUGGGAAUACCGAGGAUUAGCUGUUCGGUUAGGCAGAAGAGUUUUCUUAGAUUUUUUUUUUUACGCUGUUGUUUGAUUUUAUGUUUUGCCAUGAUUUACCAGCAUUUAGGUGUUUCCUUUGAUAAUAGGACAGUAAUAUCAGAUAAAAAGAUGCACAUCUUGGCGAUUGUCUACAUAUCCUCUUUAUCGCUAAGCUUGAUAGGAAGUGGUUCUGUAAUUGUUGUUUCUGUGAUCAAGAAGAGAUAUCUUGAUGAACAGGCCCGACCCCUGUUCCAGCUGGCUUUGGCUGACUUCUUGGCAGCUGCAGCCCUGCUUGCUACAAGUACAAUUGAAAUACUGCCAGCUAAACUCCUUGCAUUAUGCAGGUUUUGCCCAUAUGGAGUGGCACUGGCAAUGUCCUUUUACUGUACCGUAUUCCUGCUAUUUAUGGUCUACGCUUACGAAGCCAAACAAGCAGUUCAAGGGUGGAGGGAAGCAUCAGACCCAGACUCGCAGCAAGAAAGUCAUUGCAGAAGGAAAAAGAAGACUCUUUAUUUAUUAUAUUUUCUUGCAUGGUCUCUUCCAGCGCUGGGCUUUCUCACUAAAGUGAUUACCAUUCUGAAUUCUGCAACCGAAAUCAUCCCAGGCAACCUGAAUGUUACUAACUGUUUCUAUUGCUCCAGUUGUAUUUUGGUACUAAUUCACAAUGAUGUCUGCGGGCCUCAAGAAACAUGGAAAGAAACCCUAAUGAAAAUCUUGUUCUUCUUAUAUGUACUGGUAGUGUUGACCUCCUGCACAGUUGUGUACUGUAAAGUGAGGCAGUGGUGCCGGAGACAGCAGGAGGAGCGUUUACUCCUUGUCGAAGGAGACGGGUUUAACAGUAGAAAUAUCCGCGGCAUUUACGUGACUGCUCGAUGCAUCUUGCUUGUAUUUUUAAUCUGCUGGACACCAGCUUUUGUACUUGUCUUACUGGGCUUGUUAUUACAAGAUGUUAGUCCACAAAACCUGCACUUCCUUUAUAUUUUACAGGUUUUACAGGCAUCCACAAUGCCGCUUCAGGGCUUUCUGGACAGUAUAGCCUAUGGAUGGUUCCGGCGUAAUUUCCGUGAAGUUGCGCUGGGAGAGAGAGUAGCACUGCUGGCAUAUGUGCAUUCUAGAGCUUUCUAUGAUGAAUCACUUACCACUUAAUACAUUGAAACAAGUAAAACACAAUUGAUAAUUCCGGCUUGCCACCAUUCCCUUCCUCCAGAAAAGUUUAAAGGUGAAACCGUGUGCAGCACAAUUAUGCAUUUAUUAUUGUUGUGUUUUCCUUGUAAGCUUCUUUGUUGUUGAUUUUAAAUAUAAAAGCUACAGCUUUUGUUUGUUUGUAAAUGUUUUUAUGCCUUUGUUUUGGUGUUCUCUGACAGCACUGUUAGAGUGCAGUACACAAGGACAACACAAUAACUCCACAACAUGAAAGGCUGCAGUAAUGUCUAGGUUACAGUGUGCAUUAAAGUAUUAACCCUUUGCUGCCCAGUGUCCAAUAUAUUUGACAUUGAGAGAAUAGGCAUUAAAUAGGUAUGGGAACAUACCCAGGGCAGUACAGGGUUAAAAUACAACAAGCAAAGAACAAAACAAAACAAAAAAAAAUCACAAUGAAAAGAGCCAGUGAAUAAGAAAUAAGGAAACGGUUGCCUUGUAUCACUUAUAAAAGCAUAACAAAGUGUAAUAAAACAUAGUAAAUGCAUGGUAAAGCCCAUGAUAAACUAUGGUAAAGGCACAGCAUAACCGUGGAGAAAACUGCAAAAUUACCAUGCAAUCUUUAGUGGCUAUCACUCCUUUAAUCUGUUUUGACAUUUAUAAUAACACACAAUGAUAUAACUAUCAUUAACCUUUUUAUUAUUAUUAUGAACAAAGUCAAAUUGUGAAGCAGGCAUAUGGUAUAAAUAGCCACUGAGGACUGUAAUCUACACUACAUCAAAAUGAGUAUCCUCAUGUAAUGACUGUUUAGUUGUGCCUACAAAAAAAGGCAAUGUGGAAAAAGAAAUAAAAACAAACCCUGAUGAGCACUUAAUGCAGCAUGACUUAGAUUCAUUUGGCUUUGCAGUUCUUAACUACAGUAAACGCCUAGCACACCAGGGGGCUUUGAAGAUACACUUAAUUGCCAACUGAAUAGCUGGGAUAUUUGAUGUGCUCUAUUUGUUUUUCUUUGAAAUAAAGUCUAAUGAAAGCCGUGAGACAAGCACUGUCACGACAUACUGUGAAAUAUUACACAAUGUGAAAUAUAAUAAUAAUAAUAAUAAUAAUAGUUUCAUAAUGUAAACCCAUUCAGCUGGUAAAAUUCACAGCACAGGGAAUGCUCUUUAUCUGAGUAAUUCAAACCGAGGGGCUGUAUUUUUGUAUUUUAAAACUGGGGGGGGUUUUUUCCCCUACAAUGGCUAUUUGAAUGUAAAAUGAUGUCACAAUUGCACUGCAAGAAUGCAAUGUAAUACCAAGUUAUGUAUUGUGUGCACUGUAUUUAACUUUGUUUUCCAACUGCACUGGCCCUAACAUGCCUUUGGUGUAAAACCUGAAUGACACGGCUGUUUUUUUUGUGGCUGUUUAGGUGCCGUUUACUGCAUUCAGUGCUUUUAAAUUCAAGGACAAUCAGCAGCUUGCGACAGCACGUAAAUCCUGAUAUGAGCACCCCCUGCCCUCGAGUACUGGCUCUCAAGCACAUUGAUGUGGAUUUACAUCCACAGGAAGAUUUAAAAGGUGAAAGACUAGGCGUGACACCUAACCGCACACAAGCCAUACUCUUUUGUUUGCCAUUUAAGCAGAAAGUAGCAGUAACUGUUCCCACAUGUGAAGGGUUCAUGGAUUACUUUCAAUAUUAACAUCAUGUAAAAUAAAAGGCAAUAAACUUGACACCUUGUAUACUAAAAAGUGAAGUCGUUUUAAAUAUCAGAAAAUAAAUAAAUGUCAAACUUAACAGCAGGAUUAUAUGAACUAUAAAACAAUUAAAGAU